AGCGGAGAUGACAUCACGCCGACGCGUCGGCAGCCCCCCACCUCUGUUUGACGCCCCUUUAACGGGCUCAAGUGACAGUACAGAAUGGUGGUAGCUAAACAACACCGCUCGAUCGGAUUGUAAGUUUCAUGUUAACGCUUAAACCAUUAGUGUACGAUGUAACAUCUGCAAACGACUACACGGAAACGUGACCCAUUCCAGCAACCCGAUUGACAGUGUUAGUACGCUUGAGGGAUAAACGAUGGGAUGCAUCAGGGUUUGUUUGCAACGCAUACGACGAAAAAUGAAGCUGGAUCUGGUCAGGGAUUUGGGCCGACAGUAUCCCAUAUUCUGCUUCAUUUUACUGGUCCUACUCCUGUCCACGGUGGUGUUAAACAGGUACAUUCACAUCAUCAUGGUGAUCUGGUCCUUUCUCGCUGGUGUGGUUACAUUCUACUGCUCCUUGGGACCAGAGUCUUUGCUACCAAACAUCCUGGUCAACGUCAAGCCAAAGAUAAAGUGCUACCAGCAGGAGUUGUUUCCGCUGGGGCACAGCUGUGCUGUUUGUGGCAAGAUCAGGUGCAAAAGACACAGACCUACUUUAUUACUGGAAAACUAUCAACCAUGGCUUGACUUGAAAGUUUCCUCUAAGGUUGAUGCUUCUCUUUCAGAGAUUCUGGAGCUUGUUCUUGAAAACUUUGUGUAUCCUUGGUAUAGAGACGUCACAGAUGACGAGGCGUUUGUUGAUGAGCUGAGGGCGACUUUACGUUUUUUCUCUGCCGUGUUGGUGCGCCGGAUCCAGAAGGUUGACGUGGCGUCCCUCAUCACCCGAAAACUUCUGAAAGCUUCCAUGAAGCACAUUGAAAUAAUUGCUAAAGCUCAGCAGAGAGUGAAGAAUGCAGAGUUCCUUCAACAAGCUGCCCUGGAGGAAUAUGGUCCUGACCUUCAUGUCGCACUCCGCAGUCGCAGAGAUGAACUUCUCUAUCUUAGGAAGUUGACUGAGAUGCUUUUUCCUUACAUCCUGCCACCUAAGGCUACAGACUGCAGAUCUCUUACUUUGCUGAUAAGAGAAAUCCUGGCUGGCUCUGUCUUUCUCCCGUCGAUGGACUUCUUGGCCGAUCCCGACACUGUGAAUCAUUUGCUUCUGCUCUUCAUUGACAAUUCUCCGCCCGAAGAAGCCACUGAGCCAACUUCGAUGCUGGUUCCUUUCCUUCAAAAAUACUCUGAUCCCCGUAGCAGAAAGCCUUCAGUUCUAAAGCUGGAGUUAAAAGAAAUCCGAGAGCAGCAAGACCUACUCUUCCGCUUCAUGAACUUUUUGAAGCAAGAGGGAGCCGUUCACGUGCUUCAGUUCUGCCUUGCGGUCGAGGAGUUCAACGACAGGAUAUUGUGCCCCGAACUGCCCAACACAGAGAAGAUGAUGCUUCACGAGGAGGUGAAGAAGAUCUACGAGACCUACUGUUUAGACGAGAGUGUCGACAAGAUCCGCUUUGACCCCUUUAUUGUGGAGGAGAUACGCAACAUUGCUGAAGGUCCAUAUGAGGAGGUGGUGAAACUGCAAACCAUGCGAUGUUUAUUUGAAGCGUACGAGCAUGUCCUCUCUCUUCUGGAGAACGUUUUCACGCCCAUGUUCUGCCACAGUGAUGAGUAUUUUCGACAACUUCUAAGAGGGGCUGAAUCCCCUGCCAGGAAUUCUAAAAUGAGCAGAAAUAGCAUCAGUAUGGAUGACAUCCGGAGCACGUCAAAGAGAGGCGAGUCCUUUGGGAUCAGCCGCAUUGGCAGCAAGAUCAAGGGUGUUUUCAAGAGCACAACCAUGGAGGGAGCCAUGCUGCCAGCCUAUGGGCUCGUUGAGGGAGAGGACGAUUUGGUAGAGGAAGCCAUGAUGGUGCUGGAGGAUGACUCCCCGAUAGAGGCAGCCUCCACUCCCAGCACCCCACGGAAUCUCUCCGCCUGGAGCAUCACCAUCCCUUACAUCGAUUUCUACGACGAUGACGUGAAGAGGGAGCGAAUCCCAGUGUUCUGCAUUGACGUGGAGCGGAAUGACCGGAAAGCAGUGGGUCACGAAACGGAGCACUGGUCUGUAUACAGAAGAUACCUGGAGUUUUACGUUCUUGAGUCAAAGCUAACGGAAUUCCACGGUUCGUUUCCUGACACACAGCUGCCUUCCAAGAGAAUUAUCGGCCCGAAGAAUUAUGAGUUUCUCACAUCCAAGAGGGAGGAGUUUCAGGAGUACCUUCAGAAGCUCCUCCAGCACCCCGAGCUGAGCAACAGCCAACUUCUAGCUGACUUCCUGUCUCCGCACAGUAUGGAAUCUCAGUUCCUGGACAAGAUGUUGCCUGAUGUGAACCUCGGGAAAAUCAUUAAGUCCGUUCCCAGCAAACUGAUAAAAGAGAAAGGACAGCAUCUUGAGCCGUUCAUCCAGUCCUACUUCAACUCUUGUGAGUCACCUAAACCUAAACCCAGCCGCCCUGAGCUCACCAUCCUGAGCCCCACUUCAGAAAACGAUAAAAAGCUCUUCAACGACCUCUUCAAAAACAAUGCCAACCGAUCCGAGAUGGCCGAAAAGAGGCACAACCAGAACUACUUCAUGGAAAUCCUCACUGUGGAGGGGGUGUAUGACUAUUUAAUGUAUGUCGGCCGGGUUGUCUUCCACAUUCCUGACUGGUUGCACCACCUGUUGAUGGGUGGAAGAAUUCUGUUCAAGAACACACUAGAGGCCUAUACGGAUUACUACCUUCAACAAAAACUGAACCAGGUGGUGGAAGAACAUCGACUGGUCUCCCUCAUCACCCUGCUAAGAGAUGCUGUUUUUUGUGAGAGCACUCCACCUCGCUCAGCUCAGGAUAAGCAGAGGAGAGCAAAAAGGACGUUUGCAGAGAUGAUGAGAUACAUUCCUGACCUUCUGGGGAAAUGUAUCGGCGAAGAGGCUAAGUACGAAGGCAUAUGUCUCCUCUUUGAUGGGCUGCAACAGCCAGUUGUCAACAAGCAGCUGACCUAUGUUCUUUUGGAUAUUGCGAUUCAAGAACUUUUCCCAGAGCUGAACAAGCAGGUACAGAAGGAGUCUUCAAUCAAUGCUCCUUGGAUGUGAAUUGUAAUAACUGACAAAAAGUAACAUUUAUUUAAUGCACGCUUAAUGCACUUUGUUGUCGACUGACCUUUGUUUGGUUUUCCUAUGCUGUAAAUGAUGUGUACUUUGAUAUGUCAAAUAAAAUGACAGUGUUGCAUUGGC